GAAGUAAACUUGGACUGAUAUCGCGCAGCGACUUCCAGUUCACGAGGAAUAAUUUAUGCCGACUCAAUGCAGAUAUACAAAGGUCUCGACAUCAUCACAAAUAAGGUGACACCAGAGGAGAGAAUGAUGUGCCGACAUGAGAUGAUUGACUUUGUGGAUCCACUUGAUCGCUACACUGUGGUUGACUACAGAAACAGAGCCCUGCCGCUGGUCGACAGCAUGAUAGAACAAGGGAAGAUGCCUGUCAUAGUAGGAGGAACAAACUACUACAUUGAGUCUCUACUCUGGAAGGUCUUAGUGGACGAAGAAGUGAAUCAAGAUCAGCUGUUGUAUAACAGGGAUAAGUCACUAUGCAGUGACUCUGCUGUUUCUUCGUCAUCAGACAAUGGUGCAGACAUCCCGGUCACCAGGCAGAGUGACGACGUGAAAGAGGCAGUUGCCACAGUAACGCAGGAUAACAUGGAGGCAGUAGGGAGCGAGGAGCUUCACGCGCGGCUGAAAUCCGUUGACCCGGUAAUGGCCGACCGUCUGCAUCCGAGGAACAAGCGCAAGAUAAUAAGGAGUCUGCAGGUCUUUGAACAGCACGGGAAACUCCACAGUGAUAUCCUGCGGGAGCAGAGACAGAUGGCUGGGGGAAGCUCUCUUGGUGGACCACUGCGCUAUAAGCACACCUGUAUUCUCAAACACACUUGUAUUUUGUGGUUGCACAGUGAGCAGGCAGUACUGGAUGAGAGGUUGGACCGGCGCGUUGACUCGAUGAUACAGCAUGGUCUGAUAGAGGAGCUGACAAACUUCCACACGCAGUACAAUUGUCGCCGACUGCACGAGAACAAGGACGCCGACUACAGGAAGGGCAUAUGGCAGAGUAUUGGUUUUAAGGAGUACCACGAGUUUCUUAUGCGUACGGACAAAGAGAAUGAAACGCGAGAUGGACAGAAGUUACUGCAGCAAGGUAAAGUAGCAGCGCGUAACAGUGAUGGGGAAAUGCAGGGGGCAAGGGGAGCGAAGGAGGAGGAGCAGAGGCACCUGAGCCAGCUGAAGCAGGUGACGAGGAAGUACGCGCGCAAGCAGGUUAAGUGGAUCCUCAACCGGUUUCCUGCGACGACCCGACGACAGGUGCCGCCUGUGUACCGGCUCGACGUGACCGAUCCAACGCGCUGGGAGGAGGCCGUGUCUCAGCCAGCCGAGGAGAUAAUACAGGCGUUCCUCGAGGGGCGAGAAUCGCCUUGCGCAGCGGAGCCGUGCCGGCAGCCGAUCGACAACGAUGAGGUCACCUUGAACUGUGACGUCUGCAGUCGCACGUUCGUCGGCAGGAUCCAUUGGGAGAAUCAUAUGAAGUCGAGGAAGCACUACAAGAUGAAGAGAGCUCAGCUGAGGGCCGCUGGGGAAGGAACUACGCCGGCAUCUAACAAAGAUACGCAAGUGAAAGAUGUUAAUUAACUGAGUCGUUGAUGAAGCUGUCGCAGGAACGGUUUCUGGCUGUAACUGUAUAUGAUACGAGGCGCAUAUGAUUUAUCUGAACGAUUUUUGUAAGAUUAGAACAAUAAACAUGUAUAUAUAAAUAUGUAUAUAUAUAUUAUAUAUACACUGGUUUGCAGAUGCAAAACUUACUGAUAUACGAUUACAGGAUCGGAUGCAGGUGUUUUGCUAGAAAUUAACAUCGUAAGUUUUGCAAGGAUGUACGAUAAUGGAACGUGCUUGUUCGUCGAUGUGUUUGUGCAAGCGUGCAUGUAGGGGUAUUUUUGGAUGUCUGUGAUCAUCGUAUGGUAAAUAUCUCAUCAUAUAACCAAGAAGACAAUUGCCAGUUUGCUGCAGUAUGUGGUUAUCAUCAGAAUUUUAUUUCAGAGUUUUACAUGAAAUUUCUUUUACAAAGAAAAACAAUGAUGAAUAUACAAUUUUACCAUAUUUAUUUA